UACCAGUUGAGACUAUACUAGAUACUACUAGCAAUUGUAAUCUUAUAGGCAGGGGUUUAGUAGAUAUAUUAGGCUUAGAGAUUGAUACUUCCUAUAAAGAAGAGACAAAACUAUUAAUUCAUUAUCCAUCCGAAAAAUCAUCAAAUAAUUUAACUAUAGAAGAUAGCAUAAUAAUACUAGGAAAAAUCCAUAAAAUAAAUCCUUCUUUCCGAUCCAAAAACAAUAAAUGGAAACAAGUGGAGGUUAACGAUAUUUUAGUUCCUAAUAAACCUGAAUUUGCACAUGUAUUGUUAUUAGGUUCACCAUGGAUUCAGGCAAAUAUGACAGAAAUAAAUUUCUCUAAUCAUAUUCUCACAUUGCUUGAUGGAACUGAUAUAUUAUUGGAUAUUUCACAAGAGUUUCCGCCACCAAAACAAAUAUCCAUACCAGUAAAAGAAUAUUAUAAGAUGGUGAAAUAUUAUAUAACAACAUUGGGUAUAAAUAAUAAUGAAAUAUAUCUUAAGAAACACUUUCUCCGUGGGUUGUCUUAUAAUAACCGGUUAGAAGCCAGAAGAUAUAAAACGGAUUUGUCAUUAGAUGAGCUGGUUGCAAAGUUAAGUGUAGUUGAGAAUAACAGAAAAAAUAAAUGA